UUUUUUUCUCUUCCUCCGCCAUCCACUCGCUCUACUGAAUCUCUCUCUCGCUCUCUCGCUUCCUCUCUUCCUUCCCCUCUCUUUUUCAACCUAUCCACAACUCUACUUUGUUGUUUUUCUUCUCUUCUCUUCUCUUCUCUUCUCUUCUCUUCUCUUCUCUGCACUGGUUCAUUCUUUUGUUCAUUCAACUUGUUCAAGUCAGCUCUUUUUUUUGUCCUCGUUCUAAGUGAAUCUUCCUUGUCUUGUCUUCGUCGCCUUUCACUCGAUCCUCCUUCAUUUUUCAUCCGCAUCCAUCCUCACCUACCUCCAAAAAACCAUUUCAUAUUCUAUUUCCUUAUUUUCGAACGACUACAUUUUGCAAUUAGCACUCUUAACUCUUUAUUCGAGAAAAAAUACAAUGGCAUCUCCCCGAAGAAGCAACCGUGGUGGGCACUCCAAGGGUAGAAAGAAAGAAGAGGAUGAUGAUGGUGGUCAGACUCGCUGUGUCUGCAAUCAACAACAUCAUGAAGGGGUUAUGAUUCAAUGUGAGACAUGUAAAGUAUGGCAGCACUGCCCAUGCGUUGGACUAGGCAAUGGCGAGGUCACUCCAGACAAAUAUUAUUGCGAGUCAUGUCAACCCGAUAACCACCCCUACAAGGUUGUUCAUGGACAGCUUAUUUCAAACUCAAAAUCAAGCUCAACUCAAAAACCUACUAAAAAGAGAAGCACUAUGAAUUCUAAAGAAGCAUCCAUUCCUGUGGAUCUGAUGUUGGCUCAGCAGAAGUGGAAUGAGGAGCAUCAGGAUGAGCUCGAGGAAGAAUAUGCGCAACGCUUCGCCACCAAGAGGCGGAAAAAGACGGAGAGCAUCGGCUCAGAUAUUAAUGUUGAGACUCAUCCACAAGACCAGACAUCAAACGAGCACACAUCCUCUUCAACUUCUGCAUCCGCCACAUCCUCAUCAUCCGAAAAGAAAAAAGAUAAGACUUCUGGACCACCAUUUUCUUCAGCAAAUAAUGCCACAGGAGUAGCAGGUCUGUCAGCAAAUCUCAGCUCUUCUUCCUCUUCUCCAAAAACAUCAUCAUCCAAUAACGGACGCAUAAGUUUGGGCAAGAAGUCCUCCGCCAAGUCAGUAUCCAAGGCACGGUCACGUUCUAAUUCCCCAAAUAUGAACGGGCACAGCAGUCAUAACGAGGAUCAAGACGGCUCUACUGCAGUGAGUACCAAGACUGGAUAUAGUGCUGAUGGGGAAGACACUAAGCGAAGUGUCUCUGUGGACAAUGCAGUCUCUUCAAGCAAGCGAAGAAAGACGAACUCCAAAUCAGAGAUGACAAUCCACUCUGAGUCAAACUCGCCUGAGGAAGAAGAUGAGUUCACUGGCAAGAAUGAUUUGAGCGCAGACUAUUCAGAACAUCAUCCAAAAUCCCGUAAAACAGGAAACUAUUUGCGGGGUAAUAAGCGAAAUGCUAGUACCAACGAUGAUCAUGAUUACUUAAGCGAAAGUUCACCUUCUGUAACCUCACCUGCUUUGGCCAGCAAAAAAUCAUUUGCUAAGCGAAGUGGUGACCGUGGACAGGGCACAAAAAAUGGAUCACGUCACACAACACCUGUACCAGGUCAUGAAGGCACUCUUCAGCCAAUGGCUCCCACCCCACCGGCAACAGUCCGAUACCCAUCCUCAAAGAUGACGAUUCAGGAAAUGACCAGGCGUGCUAAGCAGCUUCUCGAAUAUAUUUCUCGUAUGCAAAUUGACAUGGCGGACCGCAAGAAUAAGACCAUAUCCCAAUCUCCACAAGAUUCAAAGGAGUAUGCAACAAAGUUAAAAGAUAUGAACGAUGAACUGUCAUUGUUCCGCUUGCCGGCAUCUGCAUCAAAUGCCUCUUCUUUGAUCCAUGGUGACAGUCAAGUGUGCCCUGAUUUGUCCCGAUCAAGCAUGGAUAGCACCUCAUCUCUAGAUAGCAUACAUGAGCCAAGAAGUCCUGUUGAUACUAAGGUCUCUAUCAAGGAAACUUGUAGUGCUAAAGAGAUGACUAUUAAGGUCAUUCCUCUAGAUGUACAUGACCAGCUUCCAUUGUUAUCGACUCCACCGUUGUCUGUCCAUGAUCGUCAGCAUCAACACCAUCGCCAUGGUUCUGGAUCGCCAGAGUCUGAUGCUACUCAUGAACCUCUUACACCACCCCACAAUCCUCUGGAAAGUCAUGACGACGAUCUAUCGCACUGUAGGGAUUCUGGAUCUGCUGUAACCAAGUUGGAACCCGCACCGACCACCAGCCUUGAACUGAUGGACAAAUUGACUGGUGAUUUGAUUCGCUUCCAAGAAAAGUUUGGUGUACAUGCAUAACAUGUCACCAAUCCAUAGCUUGGUCUGCUAUCCUUUUCAUUUGUUUUUCAUUCUCGAUUUUAUUUCUUUCAACACUUAUCUUCAAUGCAUAUUUGCGUUUGUAUUUUUAUUUUGUUUCUCCGUCCUCUUUUCCAUGUGCGUCAUGGAUACUUCAUAUCAUUCUAUAUCAUUUUUAAUUUUACGCAGUGCAUAGGAAGUUUGUCAAUUACUAGGAACAAAGAUACUUUUUAGUCCUAAUAUUUUGCUGAAAACUUUUAGGACACAACGCUGGG